AUAGUGGGGGGAGGCGGGGGUGACGAGCGGCGUUUGUUUCUGCCGUACUGCGCCUGAAUCAGUGCCCGCGUGCGCUGUCUGCGCGCCGCUCGUGCUCAAGUAGACGAGGCGUAUCCGGACCGGUGGGGUUCGCGCUGGGCCGGGGACCGGAGCUGGAUGCUGGAUGCUGGACGCCAGGGCGGUGCCACCGGCUGCGCAGACACGCGAAGGCAUCACUCGGCUCAUCCUCAGGCACACGGGCCCGCGAGCAGCGUUAGGCUCACGCACCACAUACUGGAUGCUGUCAUGUAAUAGGAUCAUACAAAAUGCCAAUAUUUAACACGUUCAAGUCUCUACAGGACUAUUAUAGAAAUCCCAUGAAUUGCCAACUACGAGCCGCCACCGCUUACCUGUGAACAUGACGGCAGAGGAGACGAUCAACAUCAAGGAGGCCGAGGUGAUCAAGCUGAUCCUGGACUUCCUCAACUCCAGGAAGCUGCACAUCAGCAUGCUGGCCUUGGAGAAGGAGAGCGGCGUCAUCAAUGGGCUGUACUCUGACGACAUGCUCUUCCUCAGGCAGCUCAUUCUGGACGGGGAAUGGGAGGAGGUGAUGCAGUUCAUUCAGCCGCUAGAAGGAAUGGACAAGUUUGACAAGAAAAGGUUCCGCUACAUCAUUCUGAAGCAAAAGUUCCUUGAAGCUCUUUGUGUGAAUAAUGCGAUGUCUGCUGCUGAAGACCCUCAAAAUCUGGAGCUCACCAUGCAGGAGGCGGUCAAGUGCCUCCACAGUCUGGAGGCGUUCUGCCCGUCCAAGGACGACUACAGCCAGCUGUGUCUCCUGCUCACGCUGCCGCGCCUCACCCACCACGCCGAGUUCAAAGACUGGAAUCCCAGCACGGCGCGCGUCCACUGCUUCGAGGAGGCCUGCGCCAUGGUCGCCGAGUUCAUCCCGGCGGACAGGAAGCUGAGCGAGGCGGGCUUCAGGGCGAGCCGCAACCGCCUGUUCCAGCUGCUCAUCAAAGGCAUCCUGUACGAGUGCUGUGUGGAGUUCUGUCAGAGUAAAGCCACUGGCGAGGAGAUCACGGAGGGCGAGGUGCUGCUCGGUGUGGAUCUGCUCAGCGGCAACGGCUGCGAUGAACUGGACCUGUCGCUGCUGUCCUGGCUGCAGAACCUCUCGCCCGGCGCCUUCUCGUGCGCCUUCCAGCAGAAGACCCUCAGCAUCCACGUGGACCGGCUGGUGAAGCCCAACAAGGCCGGCCACGCCGACCUGCUCACUCCGCUCAUCAACCGCCUGUCCCCCUGCCCCACCUCCCCCUUCCGAGAGAGGCCUCAUUCUGCCGACACCUACAUGUCGCGGUCCCUCAAUCCGGCCCUGGACGGCUUGUCUCACGGUCUGGCGGCACAGGACAAGCGGGGGAUGGAGACCAGUGCGAAGUCUGCUCUCAGCCGGAGCCUGGUGGAGAAUAACCUGCAUCAGCAGGAUGAUUCGCCUGAAAGGAAACACCCACAAGGGCCGCAUGGUCCCAACACCGUACGCACACCCCUGACUCCUGGACAGGAUGGAGGGCCACCAUGCAGCGCUGACACAAAUGAGCGCCGAGGCUCCACAGAGCACGUCCAGGAGUAUUACAGGCAGCGACUUCGCGUGCAGCAGCACCUGGAGCAGAAGCAGCAGCAGAGGCAGCUUUACAACCAGAUGCUGCUGGAGGGAGGGGUGAAGCUCCAGGACGGAGCCCAGCACAACCUCACUGAGACGUUCCUCAGCAGAUCCAUUCAGAAAUUGGAGGAAAUGAAUGUGGGCAUUGAUCCCAGAGGCGAUGAGGUAAUUGCACAUCUGGGCCAGCAGUGGAAUGAACUGACUGGGAGCAACGGCCGCCACACACCGGAGACGGUGUCACAGAGGGACAAGGCAGGCGCGGUGAGCAGCAGCACCCCGUUAAAGACCGGCAGGAAUGGCCUGCCUUCUCUCAGCGAGUCUCCAGUUCCAACCAGUCAGAGCACUGAGAAGAUCAAAGCAUCCUGUCCCACAGCUCGAGAUGAUUCCAGCUGCUCUGUGACGCGCAGCGCACAUGAGCCGGCGAAGUCCAAAACACAGUUUGUGAGGGUGAGCAGCCUCGAGGACACGCAGGCAGUGCGCGCGGUGGCCUUCCACCCGUCGGGGGCACUCUAUGCUGUCGGCUCCAACUCCAAAACCCUGAGAGUGUGCGCCUACCCAGAAACCCUGAGCACCAGUGGCUCUGGUGCAGUCAGGCAGCCGGCUGUGCGCUUCAGGAGGAACAAACACCACAAGGGCUCCAUCUACUGUGUAGCCUGGAGCCACUGUGGACAACUGCUGGCCACCGGCUCCAAUGAUAAAUUUGUCAAAGUGCUCCCUUUCCAUGCAGACAGCUGUAACGCCACAGGCCCAGACCUGGAGUUCAGCAUGCACGAUGGCACCAUCAGGGACCUGGCCUUCAUGGAGGGCCCCGAGAGUGGGGGGUCCAUUUUGAUCAGUGCUGGGGCUGGAGACUGCAACAUCUACACCACCGAUUGCCAGAGAGGACAAGGUCUCCAUGCUCUAAGUGGGCACACAGGUCAUAUUUUGACUCUGUACACGUGGGGAGGAUGGAUGAUCGCCUCCGGUUCACAGGACAAAACGGUCCGCUUCUGGGACCUGCGCGUGCCCAGCUGCGUCAGGGUGGUGGGCACCACUCUGCACGGCUCAGGAAGCGCUGUGGCCUCGGUGGCAGUGGAUCCCAGUGGCCGGCUGCUGGCCACCGGGCAGGAGGACAGUACCUGCAUGCUGUAUGACAUCCGGGGGGGGCGCAUGGUCCAGACGUACCGCCCCCACGGCAGUGACAUUCGCUCUGUGCGCUUCUCACCUGGGGCUCAUCACCUUCUCACCGGCUCCUAUGACAACAAAAUCAUCAUCAGCGACCUGACAGGUGACCUAACAAAGUCCCUUCCUCAGACCGUGGCAGGGGAGCACGGGGACAAGGUGAUCCAGUGUAGGUGGCACCCGCAUGACCGGACCUUCCUCUCCUCAUCUGCAGAUCGAACUGUUGUCCUCUGGGCCCCAGGCCCCUGAAACUCCAUGCCCGGAACACCACACCACCAACGACUGCAGCAGCAGCAAUCACAGGAACCUGCACACAUACGUAUGUGGACACAUAUUAAAUGUUUAACUGGGUGAGUGUGUUUAAAGUGUUUACAUUAGAAGCCAAAAGUCAAUGCACUAAAAAAUGACUCGCGUGUGUUUAAGAGAGUUUACAUUAACUACUACAUAUGUGAGGAUGUGCCAAUGUGUCAACCAGCAACAUGGCAUUGUAGAAAUAUUCAUUAUUGUGUACUUGGCUUUGCAAUUUGUGAACUUAAGGUUAAAAUGAAGUAAAAAACAUUUUACAAAUGCCAUGAAAAGAACAAAUAAGAAAUACUUUAGUUUGCUUAAACCCAUAUAACGUGUAUGGCUUUCAUGAGCAGGAAACAAAGAUUAAAGAAGGAAAGAAUAAAACAAAUGAUUAUCAGUGCCUCUAGUAGGCACGACUGAGUUCAUAAGGGAGCACACUUGCAAGUUAGUUUAUGUCUUUUCUUAAAUUGCCAAACAUACUAUUUAAAUGAAGGAGGUAGAACACAGGAAGGUCACUUAGAGGAGAUGGGAUAUUUGGUGCAAGACACAUCAGGCUUCAUUAAAUGACUCUAUAGCACCACUGUUUCCACAUGAACUGGUGACCUAGAAUCUUAUUGGUUAUGCAUAUCAUAAUGUGCCUUUUUGUAACAUUUAAAUAUUUUUGAAUAUUUUUUGAUCGAGAGAUUAAUGCAUUUAUUUGCAGCUUUAUUAUAUUUUUCAAUGCAUCUUUUCAUGCAUACAUGCCGCAAUUAAUCACCCACUUGUGUUUUGUACACACCUGUAAGAAAAUCUUUUUCCCUUUUUGUUAUUAAAUAGCACCUGACAUUUCUGAAAAAUAAAUAAAUAAAUAAAUAAAUACAGUAAAUAGAUGAAUUUGGAGAAUAAAAAUAUUAGGAUGAAUUUUACCACUGGCACAGUACGUAAACAAUCCUUUGAUAAUUACAAUGUCCAAAGUCACUCACCAUUUAAAAACAAAGGUAACAGAUGUGGUUUAUGAAGUUUGGAAUUUUAUGUAGCAUAAACUUUCAAACAUAUGUGUAAUGGGUUUUAGGAUGACAAAAUGUAUCCCUGUGCAAAAUGAUGCACUUUAAAAGUAGUUGUAUUGAUAGAAUGAUGAAUAAAAGUCAUUAAACUUUAAAA